AUGCCCGGCGACGCAGACGACGGUACUGCUUCGGCAGGUGCCGAUUCCAGCACCAAGAUCACCGACAACAAGCCCACGGAUACUCCCUACACCUCCGCCUUGAAGAGAGCCCUAGAGUCUCCAGCCCCGAACGUCCCGAAGCUGUCCUUUCCAAUGAGGGCUAGAGGGGUCACGACAUCUGCAUCGACCUCGACUGCAGCCGCACCCUUCGGACAGGGCCCCCGUCUUCCGAACCCCACGAGACCCGCGCCCUCCGCGCCAAAGUCGAACAAGUCUUACGAGUCCACCCCUGGAGCGAGCAAGAGCAACGACACCAAUCACGAGAUCAACCAUCCCCGCAUGGAGAGCAAGGCCAAGGAGGUUCCACGCAACGGCGGUCCCAACCGCAUGCAGUUCUUUCGUUGA